AUUGUUUACCAUACGUUCCAGUUGCUGGCAUUUACAGGCAUGGCUGUGAUGGUAAUGAGACUGAAGCUGUUCUGGACCCCGCAUCUCUGCUUGUACUCAUCGCUGUUGGUGUCACCAAGGAUUUUCGGAGAGCUUCGUGCCAGACCGAACAUUCAUGCUGCUGCCUUGAUUCUUCUGUUGGCCUCCAUGGCAUGGCAGGGUAAAGCAAACAUAGAUAAGCAGCGGGGGAUCAUUGGAGAAUUCAGUAAUGUCCAACAAGAGGAACUUAUAGAGUGGAUCAAUAACCAUACUCCACCAGACGCAGUCUUUGCUGGAGCAAUGCCAACCAUGGCCACAGUAAAACUAUGCACUCUGAGGCCAAUAGUGAAUCACCCGCACUAUGAAGAUGCUGGGCUCAGGGGAAGAACGAAACUCGUCUACAGUAUGUACAGUCGCAAGCCUCUGGCACAAGUGAAGGAGAAUCUCAGAAGUCUAGGAGUUCAGUACGCAGUGCUGGAAGACUCGUGGUGUGUGAAGAGAACCAAACCAGGAUGUUCCAUGCCAGAGAUCUGGGACCUUGAGGAUCAAGAGAAUCAAGGGAAACCACCAGCAUGCACAGAACUGAAGAAAAACCCACAGCCUUACUUCAAACCUGUGUUCAGAAAUAAUGUUUACACAGUUCUGAAACUUCUCUGA